AUGCAAAAUGUGACAAGAUUGUGUCAAACAAAGAACAUUGUGACAGUGAAUGGGAAGUUUCCAGGGCCAAGAAUUAUUGCAAGAGAAGGAGACAGACUUGUUAUUAAGGUUGUUAACAAUGUUCAACACAAUGUCACCAUUCAUUGGCAUGGAGUGAGACAACUAAGAAGUGGAUGGGCAGAUGGACCAGCUUAUAUUACACAAUGCCCAAUUCAGAGAGGGCAAAGUUAUGUGUACAAUUUCACUAUUACUGGUCAAAGAGGAACUUUAUUUUGGCAUGCUCACAUUUCAUGGCUAAGAGUAACACUCUAUGGACCUAUUGUUAUUCUUCCAAAGAAAGGUGUUGCUUAUCCUUUUCCACAACCCUUCAAGGAAGUCCCAAUUCUUUUUGGUGAAUGGUGGAAGGCAGAUACAGAGAAAAUAAUUAAUCAAGCCCUUCAAACAGGAGGACCUCCAAAUAUUUCUGAUGCUUAUACCAUCAAUGGUCUACCUGGACUUCUCUACAAUUGUUCUGCUAAAGAUACAUUCAAAUUGAAGGUGAAACCAGGGAAAACAUAUCUACUAAGAGUAGUCAAUGCUGCACUAAAUGAUGAACUUUUUUUCAGUAUAGCAAAUCAUAACCUUACUGUUGUAGAAGUUGAUGCUGUUUAUGUGAAACCAUUCAACACAAACAUAAUUCUUAUAACACCAGGACAAACCACAAAUAUCCUCUUGAAAACCAAACAUUUUCAUCCUAAUGCCACCUUCCUCAUGUCAGCUCGGCCUUACGCGACUGGUCCUGCUUCCUUUGACAAUUCCACCACCACUGGAAUAUUAGAAUAUCAUCAACACUCUAACAAUACUAAAAAGAGCAACAAAUUUCCUCUGUUGAAACCAAAACUCCCUAUAUUCAAUGACACAACUUUUGCUACAAGUUUUGUCAAGAAAAUCAGAAGCUUAGCCAAUGCGAAGUUUCCAGCCAAUGUACCUAAAAAAGUUGAUAAACAGUUUUUCUUCACUGUUGGAUUAGGAUUGAAUCCGUGUCCUAAGAAUCAAACAUGUCAAGGACCAAAUAACACUAAAUUGGCAGCUUCUGUUAACAAUGUAUCGUUUGUUCAGCCAAAUGUAGCUCUACUUCAAUCACACUAUUUUAACCAAUCUAAAGGAGUUUAUACAACAGAUUUUCCAGUCAAUCCGCCGUUUAAAUUCAAUUACACAGGAAAUCCACCAAACAAUACUUUUGUUACCUCAGGUACAAAAGUUGUGGUGUUGCCUUUUAAUACUAGUGUGGAAUUAGUUAUGCAAGAUACAAGUAUUAUAAGCGCCGAAAGUCAUCCACUUCACCUUCAUGGUUUCAAUUUCUUUGUGGUUGGACAAGGAUUUGGAAAUUAUAAUUCUAGCAAGGAUCCUGCUAAUUUCAACUUUGUUGAUCCUGCUGAAAGAAACACUGUUGGUGUUCCGUCUGGAGGUUGGGUCGCCAUUCGCUUCCUUGCAGACAAUCCAGGAGUAUGGUUCAUGCAUUGUCAUCUUGAAGUACACACAAGUUGGGGCUUGAAAAUGGUCUGGAUGGUAAAUGAUGGAAAAGGUCCUAAGCAGAAGUUACCUCCUCCACCAGCUGAUCUUCCUAAAUGUUGA